AGGAGGGGUUGUUGGACAGCACGCGCACUUCUGCAGCCCCCCGGUACGAAUUCCGCGCUAUUCACAGCGCGUUAUUGCGGCGCGUUCACGCUCAAAGCGCGCGCACCUGUCGCUCGCAUCUUUCACAGCGGUCCGGAGUUAGCGCCGGAGGGGCGUGGUCAGGCACUGAUCAGACGCUCGGUCACGCGAGGACUCACUGUAAGAGAUGCUCGCGUGCUGAGCAUCAGUGUACGCGUGAGCUGCUGUCAGUGCGCGCGCACCGAACUCUCCAAGGCGAUGCGCACGGCGGAGAAGCGGCGGGGUCCCGCGUGCGCGGUGGCACUGCUGCCCCACGCCGCCCUCAUCCUCUCCCUGAUCGUCUACGCGCUGCUGGGAGCCGCGCUCUUCCACGCCAUCGAGGGAACGCGCUCAAAUGACGGGACGCUCGAGAUCCACGAGGGCUUCAGGAAAUUCGUGCACGAGGUGGUGAACGAGGCGCGCAACAAAUCCACCUCUGCUAACGUCUCUGAGGAAGUUCUGGAAGCUGUGGGGGAAAAGAUUCUGAGAGAGUUUAAGGCCGUGUGGAUGCAGUCUUCAGACAGGUGGCACUUCUACGGCUCGCUCUUCUUCUGCUGCACAGUCUUCACCACUGUGGGUUAUGGCGAGAUCUACCCAGUGACAAAGGCCGGCAGGGUGGCCUGCAUCCUCUACGCCACGGUGGGCAUCCCACUGAUGCUGCUUGUCAUCACAGAUGUUGGCGACAUCCUGGCCGUGCUCUUCUCCAACAGCUACAGGAGGCUCCACUCCAGCUGCAGGCGUCUUCUCUAUCAAGUUUGGAAUCCACACCAGAAGCCUCGGGACCCGGUCACCAUCCGUGACGGCACGUACAUCUUUAACCGAGACGUUGUGGUGCAGGAGGUAUCGGUGGACCACAGGAUUGGGACUGCUAUAGACUCAUCUGUCAUCGAGCAGAAACCGGACCAUCUCCUCAAGAACAAGAACAUAUUCAACCACAUCAUUGCUAAAGAGAAGUUUAGGCGAAAGAGGCCGCUGACGCGCUCAUGUUCUUGUCCAGAACUCAAUCAAAUGCCCCCUCCACCUGUAGGCUUCAAGAUCAAGGACUUCUUGUCCAUUGGUCAUGAAAUGGAGCGCUUCAAUGUGCCCUUCUUGGUCAUUCUUCUGGUGGUCUUCGCCUACAUCCUGAUCUGGGCGCUGAUCCUGCCGAUUUGGGAAGAUGACCUAGGCAAGUUUGAUGCUUUCUACUUCUGCUUUAUCACCCUCACCACCAUCGGCUUUGGUGACAUCGUUCCCAAGCACCCCAAGUUCUUCAUGCUCACCUUCCUCUUCAUCAUCAUGGGCAUGGCCAUUAUGAGCAUGGCAUUUAAGCUGGGCCAGUCGCGCAUUGUGAGCUGCUACCGCCGCCUCAUCCGCGGCAUUAGCUGCCUUAGUGUGAAGAAAAAGGGCAAAUAUGAAUUGUAGUGUGAGUCUUAAGACUUAAGGUCAAAGCUUUGCACAAAAAUAAUGUGCAUGUUAAGUAGGGCUGGAGUGCUGGACAUGGAUUAAGUCUUGUACUGGACAAAUUUUCAGUGUUAGUGGUAAAUUACCUUUGGAGGUUGUGACUUAAUCUGGGUCUGGGAAACCCACCAACAAGGGGGUUUAAUGUUGACUAGCUAGAGAUCUUUAGCUUAAUAACUACAUAAGUAUUGGGACUUGUUCAUUCAUUGUUUUUUUUCUGAAAUUAGGUUAUUAAAGCUUUUUUGUAGCAUUGCUCUGAGAAGAGCAUUAGUGUGGGCAGGAUGUUGAGUUGAACACCAACUUAUCCUUAAAGUAUUUUUCUGAACAUUUUUCAUCAUUCCAGAAAACACAGUUCCACUGCACCACAGCUGCCAUAAUGCUUUGCGGCCAAUAGCUUUAUGCUUAUCUGUUCCAGAGAGUGCAAUUUUAUUGCCAGUGUUUUCCACAGGGACAGUAAAAGCUGUAUAUGUGCAAUUGUGCAUCUUUGUCAGUAAUGGAUAGAACUUCCAUCCGACCAUUCACCCAUUCAUCUUCUAAUCUUGGUCAACUUCCUCUUGGUCAAAGUCAUGGUGUAUACUGAGACUACAUGCAAUCAUUGGAACAACUAAAGUAUGCAAAGGUUUACAGUUGGAUUCUCAGCUCCACUACCUUGAACACCACUCGCUAGUCAACCUUAACCCAAUACAUUUUUUUUUUUUAUCAGUUUUUAUUGACCAAACUCACACUAUAAGGACAAAAGUAUUACGGCAUAAUACUUUCAAACAUUUAUAGUUUCUUCCAUAAUCAUAAGUAUUAAAUGAGAGUCCAUCCUGCUUUUGUUGGAUAA